AUGAAUAAAUUAAUUCUAAGAGUCAAUUCUCCAGAGAAUCCAAUCGUCCAAGUUAGUGGAUUUCAUAUGCAUGCCAAAAAUAAUGAUGAAGUGCAAGGCCUUAAAGGUGACAUCGGGAAUGUCGAUAAAUUUCCCAGAGACAUAAAAAACACAUUUAAGAAUCUUACUGCAAUUUACUUCACAAAUGGUCAAAUUAAGGAAUUAUCUUCAGACGACUUAAAACCAUUCCCAGAACUAGUUGAAUUGUACUUCGAUAAUAACAAGAUUGAAGUGAUUGAAGCAGGAACUUUCGACUUUAAUUCAAAACUAGCUGGCAUCUCGUUCAUGAACAAUAAAGUCAUUCAUAUCAAUGCAAAUGUCUUUGAUCAUUUGACUGACUUGAAAUAUCUUUGGUUAAAUGGAAAUCAAUGUUCAAAUGAUGAAGCUAGAAAUGAUAGAAAUGCAGUUUUAGAUCUUAUUGCGGCAACUAAAAGCACGUGUCAAAAUCAAGUAUUUCUAAGGAUGGAAAAUAAGCUUAAUGAAUCAGUAAUUAAACGUGGCAGGAAUCUUGAUACUUCUGGAAACUUAGAACAAAAAAUUGACAAUUUAGAAGCAAAAAUGGACAUCCAUGAUCAAAUUACUUCAUCAGAAAAUGAAUUCGCUGAUAUUGUUGGAACUCAUACGACAGGCAAAACUCAUAAUGAUGUUUUAGGUCUUUAUGGCACAACUGGAAAUAUUGAAAAAUUCCCAAAAGGGUUAGAAAGAUUUAGGAAUCUUAAAGUAGUUUACCUUUAUAAUGGUCAGAUAAGGGAACUACGAUCAGAUGAUCUGCAAUACUUACCAGAACUAGUGGAGCUCUACUUUGACAACAAUAAAAUUGAAGUUAUUGAAGACGGAACUUUCAAAUUUAACCUCAAAUUAGUUGCAAUCUCAUUCAAAAACAACAGAGUUUAUCAUAUUAGUGCAAAUGUAUUUGAUCAUUUAACAAGCCUCACAUAUUUUUGGCUAAAUGGGAAUAUAUGUCCAAAUAGUGUAGCUAGAAAUGACAGAAAUGCAGUUCUUAGUCUUAUUGCAACAGCUAAAAGUUCAUGUCAAAGUCCAGCAUUUGUGAGGUUAGAAAAGAAGCUCAAAAGUUCUUCUAAAGUUGCUGUUCCAACUGGUAAAUGUAUUGAUUCUAAUGAAAUUUUCGCAAACUUCAGCACAAAGCUUCUUGAUCUUAAAGGUCAUUGUUUGCAUCGUGGAAGUCAGGCAAUGGAAAAGAUCAAUGACUUUGAGCUUGAUUAUGGAAAUAUGCAAUCUGAAUUUAUACAGGCACUUAAUAAUAAGUUUGACAUCCUUAAAACUAGCUUGAAUAACUGUGAAUGA